AUGACGCUUUAUGAAUUCUCACAAGGAAUACAGAAUCUGGUGGACCAAAUCGAUUUGCCAGUGGAAAAGAAACAACGCCUGUACGAUGCCCGCUCGAUCACUCACAAUGAUCUAAUAACGAUAUACAGACUCUAUACCAGUUGCAAAAUCUGCAAUGAGAGUGAUUCCACAGAAAAAUUGAGCCUAUCAGCUUUGCUGAAAACAACUAAGAUCUGCGAGAAACCAAUUGCACCCAAAGCCAAGAAAUCGCCGGAGUUUUUACGACAGAUGGAAAGACUACGCCAAAGACAACAGGAGUUGGAGUACCAAGAGCUAGUGAAAAAUUCAACACUUUCGUUUUCACUGAACCCGGGUUCAAGUCCCUCAGCUGUUACGAAGGAGCUGAAACACCAAGUGACCACCAUUAUCAAUAUCCUCAUCAGCGUGGUGUCGGUAGGCUACGCAGUGUGGUACUGGACGGGCACUUCCAUGAAUAUUAACGAUGCCUACAGAAUUUUGCUUUGCUUGUUCUUCUCGAUCUUGGUUCUGAUUGCCGAGGUAGUUGUUUUUGGAGGAUACCUGAGGAAAAUAGAGGAGGCAAGGAGUGUGGAGAGGAAGAAGAUAGAGGUAAAGAAGGUGAUUGAGAGUGUCAGUUUUGAAAGUGCACGAGGCCAAGACACUAAGCUGGAAUGA